UUUUUCUUUUAAUGUUUUCCCAAGAAUCACAAAAUGUAAGGUAUAGUUGUUAAAUUAUUAUGAAAGUGUCACCAUGUAGUGCAGAUUCAGACUGCUUAAUCUGCGACCCCCGGGUCAGGAUGGGGCACAAUAGGGAUUUAGAGUGUAGCAUACAAAUGUACAAGGAAAAUGUUUUCAUAUUUUCCUCUCAAAAAGCCACAAGGGUGCUGUUUGUUAAAUUAGUAUGCAAGUAGUAUGCAAGUACGAUCUAGUGUUAAGUAGAUUCAGUUCUGUUCAAACCAUGACACAGGGCCUAGAGUGGGAUCUUAGUGUCCCAGUUAUAUGAUUGUCUAUCUAUGUAUGGGCAUAGUGACUCGUACGGACACUGUGACCCAUGUGAACAUGGGCUUCUUGUAAUUCAUGAUAGAUUGUGAUAUUUGAUCAUUUCUUUUUAGUCAAACUGAAGGUGUCUUUUACAUUCUGGAUUGAGUUUGAAUUGUUUACACAGUAUCUUGAUAUCCAGAACUUUCUUAACCAGAUCAAAACCUCUUGCUGCAAGGUGGCCCCUUCUCCACAUGUAGCCCCUUCACAGUUUGAUUUUAAUGCAAUUGCCCCUUUCUCCACUGCAAGUAAACACCUUGUCAUCAACAACUGUGUAUGAUAAUGAUUGCAACUGCAUGUAUAUGUAUGUGAAGUAUAUGGUGGGGGGGGGGGGGGGGGGGGAUCUUCAAAAGUCUCAAAGGCCAGGGAAUUGAUGAAUUGUCUUGCUAUGCUAUGAGAAAGGACUUCAUUGUUGCUGAUUAGAUGCGCUGUCUUUAGUGAAGACUUCGUUGAAAGAAUGUAAAUGCUGUGGAUACAUAAAAUUCAUGAAUGAUAUGAAGAAGUUCUCAGGAAUUGGAAAUUAACCUAAAUCAAUACAUUUAUCAUCAAGAGGAUAUAAUAGUAUUGUAGUAUUUCAUCAAUAACAAACAAUUACCAAGAUCAGAUAUUUAUUAGUCACUUGUUUUCUAGCUAAACCUUAGGAGUAAUGGUAUAAUUAACAGGAUUUAGAUGUCCAGGGGCUACAUAACACUACAUCACCACCCUGUUGAUAGAUGUGGGGCCUGGGGCACGCCACAAACUGGCUACUAGCUGGAUAGGUACUCCUAUAAUUCAUUUGCUCUUGCUCAGGGAUAAAUUUCAUGACUUUGAGAUGGCCAGAAAAAUAAUGUGCUGUCACAAAAGUUUGUCAGAUGUGUCUAAGUACUGCUUACACAUAAUUUAGACCCAAAUGUUCUGAAGUGACCAAGGAUAAAAUAUUCACUACAAAAAGUUGACAUGUUCAGUGUUUGAGUCCAAAGGCUUUUUGGAGAGAUUUUUUAAUGCUGUGUAUAUAAAUGUGGUGGACUUGAAAUAUUCAUUGGAUUUUAAAAUCAAAGUUUUUGAAUAACCAAGAAUAGAAAGUGUGAAAAUGGUAAGUUGUUCUCUUUUUCUUACUGAAUUUAAAAUUCUGAAUUUUGAUGAAAAUCCUGUGGGGUAUACCUUUAAUAAAUCAUGUUUUUCUUUUCUACCAUAAUGCCAUUAACAGCUUAGGGUGUUAAAGGCUGGUAAAGGCACAAGUCAAAGAAGAUUUAAAUUCAAAGUCUGGAGCUUUGAUUUGUAAAUUGAUCUAAUCUAUGUGCCUAAUCAUUUACCAGACUUUCUCUUUUCUUGAAGACAUGCAUGUUAUUGUUAGUUUUAUUUUAUGAAAGUUGAUCACAGCUGUCAGAUUUGUCCCAGGUUAAAACCCAAACCAAUAUCAAGGCUCUGAAAGCCCAGGUAAUCAAUUUGAAAUUAAAGCGUUGGAGUGCGUAACAGACAGGCAGAGAGAGAUGGCCAUGUUCUCUGUCAUUGUUUAACAAUAGCGUCACAAAGCCUGCCUGCGCUCCAGGUAUUCUAGGGAAUUGUGAUAUGACUUGACCCGUGUCCUAUUACCAUCUACACACUCCAUGUUAGAACAGGGCAAAUUUUACUGGUGUAGCCUGUGUUCUCAGGAGAAAAUUUCUAGACUUUAGUUAUGCCGUGUCACAGAGUCAACUUUAUCUAUAUGUCCAAGUGAUUAUAUAGGAGGAGUUUUAAAUGACCAUUUCUACUGAGAAACUAUGAUAAGAGGGGACAAGUACAUCUGUUAUGCAUCUGGAUAAUUUCUCAUGAUGGUGAAACUGUUUCCAUGAGAAAACAUCUUUCUUAAUCAGUUUUUUUCUUCUGAGGGAAGUGAAUGUGACACUUUGCUCUACCUGGAUUUUUUUUUUUUACCUGAGUGUGUGUAUGCUUCCAAGUGUGUAUAUUCAAUCAAUUAGUGACAUUGUGUGUGCUGUGGUCAGAUGUACAUGCAUCUAAUUAUAUCUUCCUCCUAGCAGUGGAAUGCUAUUGACAACACAACUCUAUGCACCUCACAUGGUGCAGAAUCAAAUGACCUCUGCAUAUCCUUAUGCAGCACAGACAGGCAUAGAUGAAUAUGGCCACCCCCAACAAGUCGUAGUUACUAGUCAGCCAGUGUCCGUGGCACCCACUGCUGAGCAGGCUGCCACAUUCAAGACUGACUCAGCCACCUACCCCACCACUACAGUCGCUGCCAAUGGGGGUGUCGAGCAGCAGACGGUAAGACCAGGAAACCUCGAUGGAAUUCCAAGAGCAUAUCCCUAUGAAGAAAUGCUGGCGGGGAUCAACAAGCAAACAGAUUUGGAGGCCGAGCAGUCCUCAGCUCAACCAGGAACAACGACCACCCCUAAUUCAGUUGGACCAAAACGUCUUCAUGUGUCAAAUAUCCCCUUCCGUUUCCGGGAGGCAGAUCUUAAAAGCUUGUUAGGGCAAUUUGGAAAAAUCAUUGACGUAGAGAUUAUUUUUAAUGAACGUGGAUCCAAGGGAUUCGGUUUUGUAACUUUCGAAACUAAUGCGGACGCCGACAGAGCACGAGAGAAAUUGAACGGCACUGUGGUUGAGGGAAGAAAGAUUGAGGUUAACAAUGCCACUGCUCGAGUUAUGACCAAAAAAUCUGUGGCUGCACCCACUAUCCCAAAUGCGGCAGCUCUAAGAGGUGUGGCACUUACACGGGGCAGGGCUGCAGCAGUGGCUGCUCGUGGCGCUUAUAAUGCCGCCGCUUUAGCAGCCACCGCAGCUUUCCGACAUACAACACCACUGGCAACGGCAGCAACUGCGUUGCCUUUAGCUGGUGUAUAUCAGGAUCCUUUUCUAGCUACAUAUGCUGCAGCUGACAGAUACCAGAAUCCAUUUGUGACAUGCAAUUUGGUGACAACCCAACCCUACCCAGCAGCGGCUUAUGCUCCAGGUACACGUUACGCAAUCCCAGCAGCUGUUGCUAGCCCAGGCACAUAUGCAGCUGCUGCCGCUGCAGGACAACUGCAACUAGCAGGACGAGAAUACACAACAGCAGCAACUGACCCAUUACUUGGUCAUAGUAUUGGACCUGUGGCAGGAUAUGGGGCGACACUGUACAGAGGUGCUUACCAGCGAUUCACACCAUACUGAGAUAUAUACAUAUAUGGACUCCGUCGUCAAGUGACAGGGCUGGCAGUUGCUAUGUGAAUGUCAUGUGACCAAUUAUAUUCUCGACCUUCCUAGAUUCUCUGGCUGUGCUGGACACAUUCAUCUAAACAUCCAAUGAAAAUGGGUGAAAGAAAAGAGAGUGAGGGGAGAGGAUUGUGCAAUUUUGUUACCAGUGCUGCCAUUGGUGCUCCUCUGAUGUGAUAACUGAUUAUCAGCACUGGUAGAUUGACUUCCUUGUAGGAUACUGCCAUAAAGUAACUUCCAGCUUGUUUCAUGUCAAGCUUCCAAUCAAUUUAAAGCAAAUUUAUUGAAAAAAUUCAUAAAUUUCAUUGAUUCAUCUAUUUAUUUAUUUAAAAUCAUUCUUGCAUAUUUUAGUGUUUCUUUGGUCCAAUAAUCAAAAUUUUCAUUUUUGCUUUAUUGUUACAAUAUUAUCAAUUGCUUGGAAGUUUUCUAUCAUGAAAUAUGGUAGAUGCCAUGCCACAGAAUCUUAGGAAAGGUAGUUUGUAAAAAAUACUCAGUCUGGUCAGCUUUAUAUUGAACAACCAUCUAGUCAAAUUUACUUUUUACCUCACGGCAAAAGGUUAUACACUUGGAUGUACUUCAAGUCAUUGUGUCACUAAUAGAAAUUGAACUGCCUGUCACAGCACUGUGAUUCUAUUUUUCAGUAUUAAUUGUAUGUUACACAGAAUAGAACUUUUAGUAAUAACUUUUUUUUAAAUUUUUUUAAUGGAGAAAAACAGUAACCUCUUCUCAUUUUCCUUUUUUUUUUUUUUUCCUUUUCUUUUUUUUUUUUCUUUUCUUUUUUGAAAAUGUAAAGCAACAUUCAUCAGUCAUGUAAUUUUAAAAGUGAAGAAAAAAAUACAAAAUUUAUAUAAAAACUUGCAUGGCUUCUAAUCGAAAUUUUUAUUUUGGUUGUAAAUAUAACAGGCACUGAAGGCAGUGAAGUAUUUAUAAUCUCUGAAGGUCUGUGACACCACAACAUUCGCUGCCUCCCAUUGGUGCAGCAAGGUGCUUCUUUUACUAAUUGUUUGUGCAAUGUUAUGUAUCUUUUAUUAUUAAUAUUAUAUUGAUAUUGGACAGUGUAUACUGUUGACAUUUUUUUUCAACACAUGAAGCAUAGCAUUGGAGAGGAAGGUCUAGUAUUUCAUGAAAGAAGGGGAUUUUUUUUUCUGUUGUAUUUUUGGAGUGAUGGCUGUUCAACAAAGGAAAUGAUGUGACUCAUUCUUUUCAUUUUACAAAUUCAGUUUACACUAUUUAAUGUACUUCCAGUAUGCUACUUCAUAGAGCAUGGUUGAUUGGUGCUAAGGAAGUUUGGAUGAAGUGUACUAUUGUGUAUGUGUGCAUGAGAGAUGGGAGUCAUUUUGGGAUGAGUGUUAUAAACUUAUGAGCGUGAUUUACCACUGCAAGCUAGUCUCUUAACAUUUAUUCAUAUGUUACUGUCAUGAUAUACUGUUCAGAAUGUCUAUUGCAAUGUUACAUUUAAAGAAUACUUGCCAAAAUGAUCUUGCCCUUAAUGUCUAUUGCAGGUAGAGUCAUGGAUUUUUUUUUUUUUGAAUUUACAUUUAAUUGUUGUAGGAAUCUCUUUCUGAAACAGAAAUAUCUGAUUAGCUUUUACACAUAUGUCAAAGGUGAAUUUUUUUUCUCUCUUAUCCAUCUCCACCUCUACUUUUUUAUACCAGAAAAAGAACUAUUGGAUUAUUCUAAAUGAUGCUUCCAUUCAGACUUCAAAUUAGCUGAUUUUGUAUUGCAUUUAGAUUUUUCUAACAUUAGCCUGUAAAACCUGGUAAAUGAAUUUGAAUUGAUCUGUUAAAUACCUCUGUUUGAAAUUGAAUCUCAAAUAUUCCAUAUUUAUAAUAAUCAUUUUGAUGUCAUCUUUAUUCUGAGGUUUCUCAGCCUGGGCAUAAUGAAGUCAAGAUUUUUUGUUCUGUAGAAAGGUGUAUUUUGUUACAAAUUUGUUUACACAUGUUGUAGUAAUUUCAUGAUUCUACGCAUUCUUUUGUACAUGCAGGACUCUUUACUCUGUAUUGUACAGAAUCGAUAAUCAAAACAAGUAAAAAUCAACAUUUGUCAAAAUUGAAGAAAAAUUGUUAUAAUGUGGACUGUUGAUCUUUUUUUUUUAAAAUAACAACCCAAGGUGCAAUAAAUCUUUAUGAAUAAUAAGAAAUAAA